AAAGACAUAAUGGAGGAACUUUUAUGACAUAGGGAUAUUUUUAUUAUCUGUGAAACAGUUUAGAUAUCAUUUUUGCAUUACAAAUAACAUGGAGUAAGUUCUAUAAAAACAAAUUUUGAAUUUGGGAAAUACUGGAGAUUUCAUAAGAGAUUGUGAGAACUGAAUGGAAAGGAAAUCAUUAUUACAAAGAAAACUAGACAAUGCAAUUCUUCUUUGACAUUUGCCUUUUCGAGCAAUGCUUAUUUGUGGUAAUCUUCAUACUGACUUCACACAGUGUUGCAGAAUCAGAGUCAUCAACAAUUGUUCAUGAUGUCACUGUUUCCAUGGUGACAGGCUCUCUAGCUGAUGUAGAGGAUGUCACCAUAUCGGCAAUAACUGCAGAGGUCCCAGUGACAGAGGAGAGUAUCAGCUACUCAGCUUGUGAUACAGCAGGUCAAGUCUGUGAUGGCAGAUGUGGACAUAAAGGGAACGCUUCAAUUGGUAGAUGCCAGUGUGAUCCACUUUGUACUACAUAUGGUGAUUGCUGCCCAGAUUUCAAAAUGUGUGUUAGAGUGGACAUUUUGAAGCAGGGUCGUGCAGGUGUGGCACCAGAGUUAGACAGCAUGACCCAUCAAGGAGGAACAUUUGAAUGUGUAGCUAUUAAUCGCAGUAAGAAUGUUUAUAUGAAAGCCAAGUGUGAUUCAAGAUUCAUUGACAAUGACGUUAUUGAUUUAUGUGUCCAAGAAUCAAGAAGAGUAGAUACAAAGAUUCCUGUCACAGACUCGUCCGAUGGAAACAUUUACAGAAAUAUAUAUUGCGCAAAAUGUAACUUUGCAACAGAGCUGCAGUUCUGGAACAUGAGCCUUCAUUGUGAUGUCAGAGAAUACCAGAACAUAUCGAUUUUUAAUGCUGACAUGUUUGAAACAUAUCCGAAUCAAGAAUGUGCGUUGGAAUACACAGCCCCACAUGUGGAUGAUACUGAUGUUAGAGAAUGCAGGAGGGUCAUCUCAGAUUGUGACAGUUGUGAAGAGAAUCAGGUGGCCCUAUGUAACACCUAUGGCCUUGAACCAAUGGUUGAUCCUCACACCGGCCUAGUAUAUCGUAACAAGCACUGCAUGAACACAUCACAAGUGGCUGCUAUCAAGUCAUGUGAUCAGAUAGAACAGUCCAAAAUUAUUCAGGACAUUGUUUGGUAUGACAUUAAUGUGGUUAGUGAGGGGAAUGGUAGUAUGUUACUUUCUGUGGCUAUUGAAGGUGUCUCUACACAUAGUGAUGAAGAUCAGAUGAUAUUUCAGUACUUCCUAGCUGAACAGGGUGAAUUUGUUUCAUGUCCCUCAAGGUAUGAUCUUGUAGAUGGUGAAUGUGUAACUGAUGGUGCCUUGUUCCUCUUCAAUAUCACCUCAGUCAUGUACAGGUUUGUUUCUGGUGCAGUCAUCAGCAUGGAUAGCUAUAAUUCUAGGCUCACAGACACCCUUCAGCAAUUUCUUACUGUCAUUGGCAACAUGAAUAUUAUCACCGAACAAUUUAUCUGGAAUUUUUCUCCAUUUAAGAUUGACCAAAACAAUGUGUUUCAUGUUUAUUUCCCAGCUUAUACAUCUAGUGAUGCUAUAAUGGAGGCAUUUCAAACCAUCACUGAUAACAUAUUUGGUCUCCAGUUGGAAAUGUCUGGUAACAAGUCUACCAUGAAACUGAGUAUCAGCUAUAUGUUUAUCUAUGGGGUUUAUGGGGUGUCGAAUGUGACUGCAGCAGAAGGCUGGACAAGUGAUAGUAUUCGCGGCCUUGUCACUCUCACUUGUCUCAUAGUGUCCUCUACUCUUCUUAUUAUUCGCAUUGUUCUACAGGCCUUCAUCCCUGUCUUUCACAACCAUCAUGGUAAGGUACAGUGUUGUCUGACAGGCUCCAUACUUGCUGCAAAUGUUUCCUUUCUGAUGCGUGGUGUUUACCUUGUUGCAAGUGUGCCCUGGGUUUGUGCCACUAUGGCUAUCAUCACCCAUUGGUUCUACCUACAUAUGUUUACCUGGAUGCAGGUAGCGACCUAUGAUAUCUAUACCAAAUUCAGCAAGUCCUUUGCCAAUCUGGUUAUCCAGAAGCAAGACUUGGGCUACAGGGGUGUUGUGUAUGCUAUCACCAUUCCAUCUGUCAUUGUAACAUCUGCAGUGAUUGUUGAUUUUGUUCUGCCUGAAGACAGUCGUUUCAGUCCAAAAUAUGGUACUGAGCUCUGCUGGAUAUCCCAGCAGUAUGCCUUGAUCAUUUUCUUCAUUGCCCCAAUGACUCUCAUCCUCAUUGGUAACACAGCUAUGUUCUUUGUAACUGUCCAAGCGAUCUUUCGCAAUGGCAACAACCUUCUCACACCUAAUAUACAGCAGCGCAAAGCUCAUAUGAUUGGUGUGUAUCUACGUCCUUUAACGAUGGUUGGAUUGACAUGGUUCAUUGGUAUAUUAGCCAAUGUUAUAUCUGUAGACCCAGUGUGGUACCUCUAUAUUGUCUUGAAUGCUCUUCAGGGGGCAUUCCUGGUCCUGUCAGCCCUUUGCUCCAGACGUGUUGUUGACAGCAACUCCAAGUCUAAGAGACAGGCUACCACACAUUUUCCCUCAUCUAGCAGUAGUCAGCUUUCUAUAUUCUCAUUCAAAUUGUAGACAUUUAUGAGGAUUGAUUAUGGUAUGAUUAGUUAAGUUGAAGGCAGAUUUGAAAGGGUCGUUUGAUUAAAAGAAGGAGAUGUUUUUCUUGACCUCAUACAUUAUAAAAAUGCUUUUUGCUUACUUUAGGCACUUGCUGAACUGUCCACUCACUUUAUCUGUCAAUAUAUUUUACAGUUUUUUCAGGGUACUCUUUAAAUUUUGUAAAAGGUUUGAGUUAUUUUGUUUUUGCCAACAUUUUGCAAUGUUACUCACACAAUGAUUUUGUCAUGAGCUUAUUCAAUAGAUCAUAUUGAGUUAUUCUAUUAUAUUAUUGUUUUAUAUAUUGAGUUAUACUUAUAUGAUAUAUUUGUAAUUUGAAAAACUUUUGCCGCUUGUCUUUUAUUUAAAAAAAGUAUAAGGAAUCACCAUAUGAGCAUACUGAAUGAUGCCAUUUUUGGCAAUGAGAAGUUCAUUUGUCAAUGUAUUGUAUAAUUUCAUGAGAGUUGCUUUAAUGAUAUUGAAAAAGCAAUGUUCAACAUGUAUUAUGAUAAUGUCAGAGUUGUUUAACAUGUUUAAUGAUAUUGAGAUAAGCAAAAUACUUCUAAUUGUAAUUGACAGGAAAAUAUGCUAACAACCUCUCACACAGCUAAUAUGGUGCCCAAGCUGUAAUUAGCAUGGAACCAAAUUAUAUUAUUAUAAUAUUGUAUCUGUUUUUGCCUGAUGAUUUGUGCAUUUUCAAAUCCAUAAUGGCCACCCAAACCUUGGAUUGGGGAAUUCUGAGAUUCCACCAAUGUAUGCCUUUUUAUCAAGUUUUUAACAGUAGAUUGUAAAUAUACUACAUGUUUAUUGUGACAUGUUCCAGGUUCAUGAAUAAUUUUUCAGUUGGGAUAUGUGAUGUAAUAUUUAGCUACAAGAAGACUGACCAGCAUUUGAUGGUAGUUAAUAUUUUCUCUUAUAUUGUAGCAUCACUAGACAUUAAGUGACGCUUCUGAACACAGCCCAAAAGACUGUCCUGACUUGUGGCAUGUACAAAGUAUAAUAAUGGUAAUAAGGUUGUUGUGUUUGUCAUAUGAUAAUGAGAUAAUAUUGUUUGACAUAUUAUGAGAACUAUGUUAUGAUUUUGAGUAAAAUUAUCAUAAAAAACUAUUGUGAUAAAGAUGCAAGUAUAUUUUAGAUUAAUUUAAAAUGUUACAGUUAAACUGUUUCUAAAAUUUGCUUUGAGCAUGAUACAUUCGAUUGUCUGAUGACAAUUUUGCAAUCCAUCCACUAUGGUGGCCAUUUUGAAAAAUGAUAUCUUGCUAUCUUGUCUGGCAUUAUUAGAUGUUAGAUGGGAUUUGCUGUAUGUCUUGGCAUUGCUGUAAUCUAGUUAUAAUUGUGAGAAUGAUGAUCGUGAUACAGGGUUGUUUCGUAAAUUUUAUGAUAAUUUUACUUGAAUUAUGAAAUCAGAUGUUUCAGGAUAAUAAGCAAUUAUUGGUUAUGAGUAAAUACUG